GAAGUUAGUACACAUCAACUUUUGGGUCAGUAUUAUCCAAUUUCGUUCGAGUUUGACCAACCCUCCAUAAAAACAUCCAAUCCCCUCCCUAUACAAAUUGUCCCCAUCGACAAAGGUCCACAACGUACGCCUAAGCUUGUAUUAGCCCAUCCCCCAACGGCCAACACUAAUGAUUUUAGUCGCUUGCGCACUCAUAAAAUAGACGAAAAAAAUAGAACCACCUUUGUCAAAAUACUAAAAUGGACGGGAAAGUACAAGAAUAGUCUACAGUCACUGCACUGCAGGAGCAGAACCCAGCAGCAAGUAAAUCAAGAUGGGCACGGCAAGCCAGUGUGAAAGUAAGAAAAAGUGAACAAGAAACCAUUUUAUUUUUCCCAUCUAUAGUUGUUUAAUAGAAAGAGAAAGUGAUUAGAAAUGAGUAUAGUAGACAGAAGUAGGGAAGCGCCAGCAGAAAAGCGAGCGAAUUUAGGGGAAAAGUUGAGGCGGGUGGGGAAAAGGGGCGGACAGCAAACCCCAGUAGCCUCUUUUUGGAGACCGCUAGAGUUGGAGCUUUUGGCGUCGGCUGAGAAAUUUCAACAAGAUUGUGGCACCAAAAGAGAUUAUUACACUAAAGACGCCCCUUUUCAGGCUCCCCGUGUUUCUGCAAGAAAACUUGCCGCCGCACUCUGGGAGCUCCAUCAUUACAAGAGGUUUCUUGCUAAAAUGCACCACGGCAGGGGUGGGCGGGUCCGCCGCCUCAACUACCACCAGCAGCCGGAUUGUAAGGACAAAGGCGGCGCUGAACGGCCGCUCGAUCCUUCGCCUAGUUCGCCGGACCUGGUAAUGACUCACGGCACAUGGGACGCGCCUGGAAGUUCUAGCAGUUUGAGGCGGCACGUGGUUGCAACACUAAUGCAGCAUCAUAGGACAGGCGAGAGCGGAAUUCAUGCUAUGCAGCCCGUGUCACCUGCUAGUUAUGGUAGUUCUAUGGAGAUUGCUCCUUAUAACCCAGCAGUCACCCCCACAAGCUCAAUCGACCUAAAAUCCCGAACUGGAGAGACGAGCUACAGCCUACGAACAUCCACCGAGCUCCUCAAAGUGCUAAACCGCAUCUGGACACUCGAAGAACAACAUGUGUCCAACAUAUCCCUUGUCAAGGCCCUAAAGAAAGAACUUCUCCAAUCCCGAUCCCAAAUCAAAGCACUCGUUCAGGAACAGCAAGCAGACAGACACGAAAUGGACGAGCUCAUGAAACAAAUCGCACAAGAAAAAUUGAUACGGAAAAACAAGGAGCAGGAGAGGAUCAACACUGCUGUCCAGUCCUUGAGAGACGAAUUAGAAGACGAAAAGAAAUUGAGAAAAAGAUCCGAAACCCUCCACAGAAAGUUAGCCAGAGAGCUUCACGACGUCAAAACGACUCUCGGCAAAGUGUCUAAAGAGCUCGAGGAUGAGAAGAGCGCGCGCGGGGUGCUUGAAAGCCUCUGUGACGAGUUUGCUUUCGGGAUUCGGGAUUACGAAAAGGAAUUGCAUGCUCUGAGGCAGAAAACAGAUGGUGAUUGGGUGGAAAGAGCUGAUCGUGAACAGUUGAUUCUGCAUGUUUCUGAAUCUUGGCUUGACGAGCGCAUGCAAGAAAAAAUGCAAACAGGGAGUGAUUUUAAGUCGGUUGUCGAAAAACUGAGACCCGAAAUCGAAGCUUUUUUAAAUGCAAAGAAAAGAAAAGACGGCGGCAGUACUAAUCUUACCACAGCUUUAAGAAGAAGCUCUCUUGAGUCGAUACCUCUUAAUACUAUCGUUAGUGCUCCUCGUGAGGACGAAGAUGAGGAUGAAGAGAAUGGGUCCAUGAGUGGUGACUCUAACUGUUUUGAACUUGAGAAAACGAGCGAGCAACAAAAUGUUCAAGGAAAGAACAUGGAAAAUAGCAAGGUUGUGGGCCGGGCUGAGGUUUUGGAGGGUGAACGGGCUAGCGGGCCUGAAAAGGGAAAACUGGCUAAGGAAAAUAGUGCGGAGAGGACAGGUGGCAGGGUGAAGUCGAACUAUGUGAUCGAAAACUUGAUACGGAACCACUAUUUGUUGUCUGAGAAGGAAAGAGGUGUUGAGAAGAAUCAUCUGGUGAGCCCCGUGCGGCAGUGGGGAGAGAAGCUGCCAUCUGGUGAUGAAGUUGAGAGCAAUGGUGUGGGGACAUCUUUGAAGCAGGGCAGUUUGAAGGCGAAGCUAUUUGAAGCUCGAGCGAGGGGUCAGCAAAGGUCACGGUCGAGCGCAAAAUCGGCUGUUGCUUCUCGAAAAUAAAGGAUUUUUUUUUUCCCCUUUUUUGGUUCCUUUUUUGUGCGGGUGGUUUUGUGAAUAUUGAGGCUAGGGGUAUGGAGUGUAUGGUGGAUGUUACUAUAUUAUCGGCUUGUCAUGUUAUUGUUUUUACCACAUUGUUGAUAUUUGAGACGGUAAGUUUUGAAUAUGCAUUAUGGUUUGUGUUUAUACAUA